AAAACGACCAAAAUUUUAGGUAAAAUUUUACUUUUUUUAAAACCAGUUUUUUUCAAUUUUUGUUUUUCUUCGAUCGUAGGUCAUUGUACGUACAAUAGCUUAUAGAAAGUAUUUGUUUAGGUUUCCUUUGCUUUUGGAAAGUUAAAAUAUUUCAUAGAUGCUAGACUAUUUCAACGUGACUUGAGGUUACAAACUUUUGCUUACAAUAUUAGUAGUGCAUAUGAAGUUAUGUUCAUGUUCAUAGAUAUAUAUGCAAAUAUAUCGGUUACGUGUAAUAUAAUCUAUGGCUUCCGGUGUCUUGUGCCUUACCAACGUGUCUAGCCCUAACUGCAAAUUUAAUUAACAACAAUGCAACUCAAGUAUCAAUAUUUGCCUAAUCUUUAGGAACUCACAAUGAAACUCGAAUUCCGUACCCACAUACAUAUAAAUCAUGUAUAUAUAUACAUAUGUAUAUAGGUAUAUAAUUUUGCACUAUGUACACCAGAUAGUUUAGCAUCCAAGAUAAGAGCGCCGAUUAUUAGCGCUAUCCCAAAGUAUUUAAGGGCGACCAAGAAUAACAUUUUGCAAGUUUUCUUCUUCCGGUUGAGCAAGUGGCAAAUACGGGAUUAAAAUAUAAUAUAAUACUAAUGGCACUCCAGUUGAUUUUAUUACUCAAAUUCUUGUUUCUUAACGCGGUAUUGGCGCAAAACCAAAAUAUAUUGGAGGAUAACAAACGUGAAAUGGUCAAAAAUUCGACGCUCCUAGAAGUGCAUGUGAGGCUCUUUAACGACCUGCUUGCCCGGAAUGCAGCGGUAAAGGAUAAAAAUGUAGGCUGGCCAAUUGCAACAACAACGUGCGAUGGCACAAACGAACUGGAAAAUGUGUUAACGACAGCUGUGCAAGAUUACGACUGGUGGAGCGCAACUUAUCUCGUAAGAGAGGUCGUCAAUAAUACACAAAAUGACACUGUACAUUACAUAGGCUAUAAAGUGCUGUGGCGCAAAUUAAUAACGGAUAAGCUACAAUAUGAUCCCGCAUACGUAAUCGAUUUUUAUUUGACACUCAAGAAUGUAACGCGCGAUUUAGGCACUUAUACAGGACCGUUAAUUGCAUUGGAGCGUGAAGUGCUUGCAUACCUCGUGGAGCGUAGUGCGCAACUGCUUGAGGUGACACUGCAUCCCGCUAAUUACGAGAACAUAAACGCAAUUUGUUUGAAUGUGUCUAACUAUGAAGUUGCACGACGCUUACUCGCACAAUUGGACGUAACUAAAAUGGGUGCAAAUAUUUUUGAAGAAAUUUUGAAUGUGACCUUCGACGCCGUUGAACAGUUGGAGAGCAAAAAGGAUACCGUUAAAGCGCUCAACUGUUUGGGUUUGAAUGCCAAUCAACGUUUGAUAGCACAUUUAGUGUUCUUGCAGCGGAAUAACGAUUUGCACGCGUUGCUAUACAACAACAUACAACAACUAGUUGGUAGUUGUGAUCUAAAUAGCUUGGCGUCCAAGUACUGGGAACGCAUUGGCGCUUUUCUGCCAACAUCUAUGGAGAUUCUGCAUAAUGCCAGCGCCGUGUGCAUUCACAAUGUGACCGGUGAUUUCGGUUACCUAAGUGAAUGUUCGCAAACCUCUUUGAUGUGCACAUUUCGCAAUGACAACAAGUACCGUUCAGCCUUUCGUUUUGAGCGCCUGUUGGGCAACAGGUAUAUCUUCCAGAGCACAUAUUGGCAAAAUUAUAUAAAAUUGGAGAGUAAUGGCUUUCAUGGCAACAGUACUGUGCCGCCGGCGUUCAUUAAAAAUAUUUAUGGCUCGGCAACGCCAAGUUUGUGGCAAGCGGUGUUCGUGGGCAACAACGUCGCAUUAGUGGACCCUAGCAUGCGUCAAUACUUGUGUGGUGGCAAUCAGAGCAUGUGGAGCAAUGCCGAACAAUAUGUUUAUAGCCGACGCGCCGAGGAUUUUCAGUUGUUUCAGCACGAGUGUCUUUGGUUGGUAGAAGACUGCAGUGAUAUGAUCUAGUUGGUGGCGCUGAAACACAUAAAUAAAUUUAUACUAUUCACUUGGUGUCAAAUUUAAUACAAUGAAUAAAUUUCUUACUUAAU